AUGGACGCCAUCUCCUCUUCUUUCCAAGCUUCAUUUCCCCGACUGAACCGAGCCACUCCCUUCGGCGUCACCUUCCCCACCAUCACCAACAUCAGAUUAGAAAGGGCACAUGAUCAAACUCAAUUCACAACUCACUCCCCGACAACUACUACCGCUACCACAGUGUUAACAAGAGCAACUCCAUCUCCCCCUCCUCCUUCCACAGAGCCAAUCAUAACAAAAGCUGCUCGCCCUCUUAGGCAACCUUACAAUCUGUUUUCUCUUCAUGUAACGAUCUGCAAUGCUCUAGACGAUUUGAUAAGCAACUUCGUCGAUCGAAAUCCCUUGCGGUCGUCCGUCAACCCCAAGGAUGUUUUGGCCGGCAAUUACGCCCCCAUCGGCGAGCUGCCUCCGACUAAAUGCACUGUCGAAGGUCGGUUCCCUAGCUGCCUUGAGGGCGCCUACAUCAGAAAUGGGCCCAACCCGCAGUUCAUCCCCAAGUCCGCCUACCAUCUGUUCGAUGGGGAUGGGAUGUUGCAUGCCAUACAGGUCUCCGGCGGGCAGGCCACAUUCUGCAGCCGCUUCAUACGCACAUACAAGUUCACCAAGGAGGAGGAGGCAGGGUUGCCUAUCUACCCCAACUUCUUCGCAUUGGCCGGCUUCGCCAGGUUCAUGAGGGUCGCCGUGUUCAUGGUGAGGGUGCUUACUGGCCAGAUCAACCUCAUAAAUGGCGUGGGGCUCGCCAACACAGCCCUUGCAUUCAUGAACAACACGAUCAUGGCAUUAUGGGAGUUGGAUCUCCCCUACGCCAUGCAUCUCACGCCUGACGGCGAUGUCGAGACAGUUGGCCGGUGGGAUUUCGGCGGGGAGCUCAGGAUGGGUAUCACCGCUCACCCAAAGGUGGACCCUGUCACAGGCGAGGUCUUCGCCUUUCGGUACGGCCCCAUCCCUCCGUUUCUCAACUACUUCAGAAUAGGGGGCGAUGGCACGAAGCAACCGGACAUCCCCAUUUUCUCAUUCCGGCAACCUUCCUUCGUGCACGACUUGGCCAUCACAGAGCGGUACGCCAUCUUUCCCGACAUACAGAUAGUCAUGAAACCACUGGCAAUGUUCACAGGAAUGGGGCCGCCGAUGGGAUGCGAGGCCCGGAAAGUCCCACGCGUGGGGAUAAUCCCACGCUACGCCACCGAUGAGUCGGAGAUGAAGUGGAUUGAGGUGCCUGGAUUCAACUUCGUGCACUCAGUGAACGCGUGGGAUGAGAAGGGAGGGGAGGAGGUGGUGCUGGUGGCGGCGAACGUUGUGCCGGUGGAGCACAUGCUGGAGAGGAUGGAUCUCCUUCAUUGCUGCUUGGAGAUGGUGAGGAUCAACCUGCGGGAAGGGAAGGUGGUGGGGAGGAGAGCACUCUCUAGGAGGAAUCUGGAGUGGGGGGUCAUCAACCCUAAGUUCCUAGGGAGGAAAAGCCGCUACGCGUUCAUGGCGAUCCUAGAUCCGAUGAUCAAGGUCUCCGGCAUCGUGAAACUGGACUUCGAUCGAGCAAGUGGGGAAGAUUGCGUGGUAGCGACCAGGAGUUUUGGGGAGAGAUGCUUUGCUGGGGAGCCAUUUUUUGUGGCGAAGGAGGAAGGUGGCCAUGAAGACGAUGGUUAUGUGUUAACUUACACACACAACGAGGGCAGCGGGGAAUCAAGCUUCGUGGUGAUGGAUGCUAAGUCCCCCACUCUUGACAUCGUGGCAUCUGUAAGACUCCCUCAGAGGGUGCCUUACGGCUUCCAUGGCCUCUUUGUCUGUCAAAAGGAUUUGCAGAAGCAGAAGAAUUGGAAAUGA